AUGCAGGGACCGAGCUUCGUGUCGGAACCACCGUCGCGGGUGGAAUUCACGAAUGUGAACGGAGGCAGGGUGGACUGCAUAGUGAGAGGAAAUCCGGCACCUACCGUCGACUGGCUGGCAGCGGACGGCGGCAGUAUAACGAGUAUCCCUGGAACCAGACACGUCCUUGGCAACGGGACCAUCCACUUUCCUGGCUUCGAGGCCGAGUCCUUCCGACAGGACGUCCACUGGGCCAUUUAUAAGUGUUCCGCCGUCAACAGCGUCGGUGCCAUCGUUAGCAGAGACGUCACUGUCAGAGCAGUGGUGAACCAACGUUACGAUCCGGAAGUGCAAUGUCCCGGCGGUUUCCUCGGCAACAACGUACUUAUGCGCUGCAACGUGCCCGGUUUCGUUCGCGACCACGUCACCAUUACGUCUUGGCUUCAGGAGCCAUCCUUCAACAUCUACCCGUCCACGAUGGGAGACGGCAAAUACCACAUGCUUUCCAGCGGGGAACUGAUGAUACUGAAUAUCACACGGGAGGACGCGGAACGGACUUAUCGGUGCAGGACGCAUCAUCGUCUGACGCAGGAAACGGUCGUCAGCAGCAACGUCGGCAGGCUUCAAUUGACUGAGAUACGAAGCACCGUGCAGCCGAAGAUAAACGAGAAGGUGGUCUACACGUCAUCGCGGCUCAAGGAAACCAUUGUGAUACCAUGCGUCGCGUAUGGCAAUCCUACUCCUACCAACAGGUGGUAUUACAACAGGAACCAGAGGGAGGAACCAAUCGAGGACACGUCCGGGCAUUACGUGGUACGAGACGGUUCGUUGAUCAUACAAGGUGUUCAGGAGAGCGACGCUGGUUCGUACAUGUGCACCGCCAGUAAUUCCGAGGGCAACGAGUCCAUGGAAGUGAGGUUAACGGUGUCUGCGCCAUUGAGCGUGCACGUUCAACCGUCGAUUCAGACCGUCGAUCUUGGGAAAGCCGCUGAUUUGACGUGCAGCGCAAGUGGAUUUCCGCAGGCGGCGCUGUACUGGCUGAAGGACGGUCAGCCAUUGAGGACUGGCGCUCGCAUAAGGGCGGUUUCCAGGGAGCAUAUUUCCGUGAUGUCGGUUGCACGAGAGGAUCGCGGCAUGUACCAGUGCUUUGUGAGGAACGAGUAUGAAAUGGCUCAAGGAAUUGCGGAAUUGCGGUUGGGCGAGAUCGCGCCGCAGCUGGUCUACAGGUUUAUCGAACAGACAAUGCAGACCGGUCCAUCGGUUUCUCUGAAAUGCAGCGCCGCGGGUAAUCCCACGCCGCAAAUUUCCUGGCUGCUGGAUGGAUUUCCGCUUCCGCAAAACGACAGGCUUCUGAUUGGCCAGUACGUGACCGUGUACGGGGACGUGAUAUCACAUGUGAACAUCUCGUCGGUGAAGUCUGAAGAUGGAGGCGAGUACGAGUGCAUCGCGAGUAGCCGCGCUGGCGAGGCUAGCCACUCUGCUAGGCUCAAUAUUUACGGUUUGCCAUACGUCAGGCCCAUGUCGACGGUUUCAGCGGUCGCUGGGAAACAGUUUCACAUCAAAUGCCCGGUCGCUGGCUAUCCCAUCGAAUCGAUCAUUUGGGAGAAAGACGGAGUGAGGCUGCCCACGAACAUGAGGCAGAGGGUCGCGAACGGCAGCCUUUUCAUCGAUACGGUGCAACGGGCGGCCGAUCAGGGCACGUACAUGUGCACUGCGAGGAACAAGCAUAACUUCACCUCGCAACGUUCCGUCGAAGUGCGCGUUCUAGUGCCACCUAAAAUCACGCCUUUCAGUUUUGCUCGCGAUUUAAACGUAGGGGACCGUACUAGCGUACAGUGCGUGGUCGUGACUGGCGAUCUGCCACUGACGUUCACGUGGCUCAAAGAUAACGUCCCGAUAGAGACGUACAGGACGCUUCCGACGGGCAACAACAUACAGAUAAGCGACUAUCCGCCGUUUUCCAGCAUCCUGACGAUAAAUAACGUCAGCGCUAAGCACAGCGGGAACUACACGUGCCAGAUCAGCAACGUCGCUGGCCUGGCCGAAUACUCGACCGGCCUCUCUGUUGCUGUGCCGCCACGGUGGACGGUGGAACCUAUCGACCAGAACGCGGUUGUAGGUCACGGCGUCUCCAUUGCCUGUCAGGCUGAAGGAUUCCCCAUUCCGACGGUGACUUGGAAGCAAUCGAUCGGCGAUACACUAGGCGACUACAGAGAGCUGGGAUACAGCGGCACCGAGGGAGCAGGGGUUGCUGGGAACGGGUCCUUGGUGAUCCCACGGGUAUCCAGAGAUCAUGCCGGCUUCUAUCUAUGCCAGGCUAGCAACGGCAUCGGACCAGGCCUCAGCAAGCUCAUCCGCCUAACAGUUCACGCGGGACCACAGGUAUCGGUGAAAACGCGGCAGGAGUCGGUGCGUCGAGGAGAGAGCGUGAUGCUGCGGUGCGAGGCUGAAGGAGACGCACCUCUUGAUCUGAGCUGGCGUGCGCGUGACAGCAGAGUCGAUCCCAACUACGACGUUAGGUACACGAUAGACAACCAGAAGGUGUCUGGUCGCAUGAUCUCCGAGCUACGUAUCAGCCAGGCGAACCACAUAGACCGCGGUGACUACAUGUGCGUGGCAACGAACGCGUACGGCCACGCGAGGGCUACGAUCAACCUGCUGGUCCAGGAGCCACCGAAUUUUCCCAGGGAUUUACACAUAGCCGAGCAAGGCAGCAGAUCGUUGCAGUUGGCCUGGUCGUCGCCGUCCAGCGAACAGGAUCCAGCUCACGCCAGCUCGCCCAUAACCAACUACAUCGUGCAGUACAAGGAGGCGCAGGACGUGUGGCAUGAGCACAACACGCAGAUGAUGGUGGCAGGGGACAACACGGUCGCGCUGGUGUCGCCCCUAAAACCGGCUACCUCCUACCACUUUCGGGUGCUUGCGGAAAAUCACCUUGGAACAUCAGCGCCAAGCGACAUCCUUCAUGCCCAAACUGACGGCGAGAUACCAAGUGGACCACCUAGAAACGUAAUCGCCGAGCCAUUAGGACCGCAGCAAGUGAAGGUCACCUGGCAACCACCAGAUCGAUCCCUAUGGAAUGGAGAACUUCUCGGAUACACCAUCCGCUACGCCAGUCCCGGAGGGAAUAAUCAAUCGGUGAACAUCAACGGGAACGGGGACGGCUCGUACGAUUAUAGGCUAACCGGCCUUCGAAAGUACACCCAGUACAACGUGGUGGUGAAGGCGUUCAAUAAUAAAGGCGACGGUCCUGAAUCGAACCCGAUCACAGUGCAGACCCUCGAAGACGUUCCGAGUGCCGCGCCGCAGAACGUCGCCUGCGCCGCCCUUACAGGCCAGAACAUCCAGGUGACCUGGAAACCACCACCUUCGGACAAAGUUCACGGGGUCGUGCAAGGUUACAAGUUGCUGUACGAAGCGGCGAGCGCGGUUCUGGAACAGCUAGCCGGCAGAGAGACGAAGAUCAGCCAUGCACUGAGCACCGUGCUACACGGCUUGAGCCCCUACACCAAAUACACGGUCCAGGUGCUCGCGUACACCAGAGCUGGAGAGGGUGUCACCAGCAGCCCGGUAUCCUGCACCACCGAAGAAACUGUACCGGACGCGCCGGAGCGCGUGAAAGCCGUGACCAGCAACGAGGACGCUGUGGUGAUAUCCUGGCUGCCACCGCGACGGCCAAACGGCAUCCUCACCAAGUACACCGUUCACAUCCGUGUGUUGGACCAGGGCCAGGAGGUGAAGAUCACUACGAGCUUGCUGCCUGCGCAGAACCUGCACUACGAGGCGACCGGUUUGAAGCUGCGCGAGUCCUACGAGGCCUGGGUUACAGCCUCGACCAAAGUGGGACAAGGACCUAGCACUCCGGUCAUCAAACUUCAGCUAAGCAAUACUGUUCCAGCAGCUAUAAUAUCGUUCGGAGUGCCGCUCGUGGUGCCUUGGAGGGUGGACGUCAAUAUGGCCUGUCUCGCCGUCGGUAAUCCACGACCGACGGUAGAAUGGCGUCGCGGCGACGUAAAGCUCCAUCAGAAAAGUGACAUCGGACCGGACAACGCGUUAACGCUGAGGAACGUGCAGAGGACCCACGAGGGCAACUAUUCCUGCCACGUGAAGAAUUCCCUUGGCUCGGACGAAAUCGUGUACACGCUGCAAGUACAAGUCCCGCCAACUCCGCCGACACUGCUGGCCACCGGCACCACAACCGACGCUGUUCAGCUGCAAUGGAAGCAGGGCGACAAUGGCGGCGCACCCAUCAAGGGUUUCCUCCUGGCCUAUCGUCGCGAGUUCUCCGAGUGGGAAGAAGUGAUGCUGGAUCGAAAGGCGAACACGCAUCUGCUGGAGGGCUUGCAGUGCGGCACCAGGUACCAGUUCACUCUUGCGGCCUUCAACAGGAUCGGCAGCGGGAGCGCGAGUAAAAUCGAGACGGCGAAGACAAACGGGACCAAACCGAUUUCACCUACGAAGCAUCAGCUGAUUAAAGUGAAUCAGACUUUCGUCACGUUGGAGUUGACGUCCUGGCAAGAUGGAGGAUGUCCUUUGUUGUACUUCGUCGUGGAGUAUAGGAGACAGCCUGGCGAUUGGUUGCUGGUGAAGAAUAACGUGUCGCCACAACCGAGGUUCCCUAUAGAGAAUUUGGAAACCGGCACUAAAUACGAGCUGCGUGUCACCGCGUACAACAACGCAGGUUCCACGGAGGCCGAAUACCUGUUCAGCACGCUGUCACCGAGCGGCAGUAAUCGAAUACACGACGAGCAUCCGCCGGAAACCGAGGAGACCUCGUUGUUUUUCGACGCCCACGUGCUGGCGCCCAGCGUGAUCUCUCUUUUGGCCGUGUUCCUCGCGGUUGCUGGCGUUUGCUUUUGCUUGAAAACACACGCUGAAAGAUCUGGGCGAGCAAACGAUCCAAACUCGCAAACACAGGCUGCGCUGGAGAACAAGCACAACAUGGAGCAAAGAGAACAGUACUACGCGACGGUGAGGAAACCGGGCCAGCAAUCGCCCUGUCGCGAGGUGAGCGCGCUGGAAAGAAUUCCCGAAUAUUCCGAAGACAUUUAUCCGUACGCCACCUUCAAUCUGCCCGAGCAGGAAAACCUGUCGGCGAACCCGAUGCGACAGGCGUUCUACUACGAACGCAGCGAAACGAUGCUGCAGGGCAAUCAGUGCGACAUGGACCAGUACACGAAGGUACGAGGAAGAGCGAGACGGAAGUCGAAGUCGUUCAAAUCCGAGUCAGAGGAGUACGACACGUUGGGCUCGGACAGCGACACGGAAGUUGGUACCAGCAGUCGUACAGAGUCCUCAAAUCAUCUGGACGACUCUGGACCAGCGUCGAUAAUGACGCGAUCACCAGGGCCGAACUCGAUCGUACAGAGGGAGCAGCGACUAGCCCUGGUCCCGAGGCCGGUUCAUCAUAAUGUGCUGUACCACACGCACGAAUCAAGUACAUCAACCGAGCCGUCACCAAUUUCUGAGAGGAAGACCUUCCCGAGGCUCGAGAAGCAAAGGAAUCAAGGAGCAACGCCCGACAUUGGGAUGGACGGUCGCGUGCCGGGGAUCCUGCGCCCCGUGAUGAAGCUCUCGGAAUCCGGGAUGCAUUCGUAUUCGAGGGGAGCAUCGCCGAGUCAACCGUCGAGGCCUGGCUCCUGCGAUCGGCUGGGGAAAGAGCCGAGCCCGAGGAAGUCCGUGGAGUCGUUGUGCCUGCUGGAGGAGCCAGGAUCGUCCAGGAUGGCAAGGAGGGAAGAGGAUUGGGGCAGCGAGCUGUCUACAUUGGAACUGAAACCGCCGACAGGUUUCACGGACGCGCACGAAACCAGCGAGGCCGAGUGCGACAUCGACAUGAAACUGAAGCUCCACAGGAAGAGGACGGGUUUUCCUUCUAACUCGCUCUCCAAAUCACCCAAAGACUUCACUAUCACUGUCUAA